AUGUCUUCGAGCUCUGCACCCAUUAACCAGCAGCCCAUCUUAUGGACGGACGAGGCGUGGAAGGGCGACCCAAAUGGGGACUUGACGCUCGAGUUCGAGGGUUACUCCUGGAAGGUCAGGGAGGAGGUGGUCACCGCUCACUUUUCUUGGAUGGAGGCCGCCAUUGCCAACACCGAGCCGCUCUGGGAGGACAAACCUUCGUUCUACUCCUAUGCCCGAUACUAUUUCCUUGCCUAUACCUUUGAGCUUGGUGGGCUCAAACGCGCGAUGAUAUCCAAUUUCGAGGGUCUAACCGACCACGUCUUGGCUCUCAGCAAGCAUCGUUGCUGGCACUGCGGCCCUGCGGCGGCCGAGGCUGACGGGGAGGAGAUUCAACAUUUGAUGUCGUUCCUGGAUGCGGCGCUUUUUAUGGAGAAGCAGGAGUGGAACGCCAAGAUGCUCAAGGUCAUCUACGACGCCGGAGACAAGCUGAAGGAGAGGUUGAUGGGAUGGGGGGCGUUUGAAGACUUUGUCCGCGACUUUGCGGUUGGAGCACGAUUCGCCAAGGCCAUCGGGGCCGAUCGAUCGUGA